AUGUUCGACAAUAGAUUUCGUGUGUCCUCUCAGUUCACAUUCACGGACGGAAUACAUAUCUAUCUAUCUAUCUAUCUAUCUAUCUAUCUAUCUAUCUAUCUAUCUAUUUAUGUACAGAAAAAGACAUGUUCCUUACCAUUUCUUCUUCUUCUUCUUCUUCUUCUUCUUCUUCUUCUUCUUGUCAUUGCACCUCCCUUUUAUUUACCUGCUUUUUUAAUCACCGUCUUAGUUCUUACCAUUUCUUCUUCUUCUUCUUCUUCUUCUUCUUCUUCUUGUCAUUGCACCUCCCUUUUAUUUACCUGCUUUUUUAAUCACCGUCUUAUUCUUACCAUUUCUUCUUCUUCUUCUUCUUCUUCUUCUUCUUCUUCUUGUCAUUGCACCUCCCUUUUAUUUACCUGCUUUUUUAAUCACCGUCUUAUCCUUACCAUUUCUUCUUCUUCUUCUUCUUCUUCUUCUUCUUGUCAUUGCACCUCUCUUUUUUUCUUACCUGCUUUUUUUAAUCACCGUCUUAGUUCUUACCAUUUCUUCUUUCUUCUUCUUCUUCUUUCCUUACCAUUUCUUCUUCUUCUUCUUCUUCUUCUUCUUGUCAUUGCACCUCCCUUUUAUUUACCUGCUUUUUUAAUCACCGUCUUAGUUCUUACCAUUUCUUCUUCUUCUUCUUCUUCUUCUUCUUCUUCUUCUUCUUGUCAUUGCACCUCCUUUUUUAUUUACCUGCUUUUUAAUCACCGUCUUAGUUCUUACCAUUUCUUCUUCUUCUUCUUCUUCUUGUCAUUGCACCUCCUCUUAUUUACCUGCUUUUUUUUAAUCACCGUCUUAGUCCUUACCAUUUCUUCUUCUUCUUCUUCUUCUUCUUCUUCUUCUUCUUCUUGUCAUUGCACCUCCUUUUAUUUACCUGCUUUUUUAAUCACCGUCUUAGUUCUUACCAUUUCUUCUUCUUCUUCUUCUUCUUCUUGUCAUUGCACCUCCCUUUUUAUUUACCUGCUUUUUUUAAUCACCGUCUUAGUCCUUACCAUUUCUUCUUCUUCUUCUUCUUCUUCUUCUUCUUCUUCUUCUUGUCAUUGCACCUCCCUUUUAUUUACCUGCUUUUUUAAUCACCGUCUUAUCCUUACCAUUUCUUCUUCUUCUUCUUCUUCUUCUUCUUCUUCUUCUUCUUCUUCUUCUUUUCUUGUCAUUGCACCUCCUUUUUAUUUACCUGCUUUUUUUAAUCACCGUCUUAGUUCUUACCAUUUUCUUCUUCUUCUUCUUCUUCUUCUUCUUCUUCUUCUUUUCUUACCAUUUCUUCUUCUUCUUCUUGUCAUUGCACCUCCUCUUAUUUACCUGCUUUUUAAUCACCGUCUUAGUCCUUACCAUUUCUUCUUCUUCUUCUUCUUCUUCUUCUUCUUCUUCUUCUUCUUCUUGUCAUUGCACCUCCUUUUUUAUUUACCUGCUUUUUUAAUCACCGUCUUAGUUCUUACCAUUUCUUCUUCUUCUUCUUCUUCUUCUUCUUCUUCUUCUUCUUCUUCUUGUCAUUGCACCUCCCUUUUAUUUACCUGCUUUUUUAAUCACCGUCUUAGUUCUUACCAUUUCUUCUUCUUCUUCUUCUUCUUCUUGUCAUUGCACCUCCUCUUAUUUACCUGCUUUUUAAUCACCGUCUUAGUCCUUACCAUUUCUUCUUCUUCUUCUUCUUCUUCUUCUUCUUGUCAUUGCACCUCCCUUUUAUUUUACCUGCUUUUUAAUCACCGUCUUAGUUCUUACCAUUUCUUCUUCUUCUUCUUCUUGUCAUUGCACCUCCUCUUAUUUACCUGCUUUUUAAUCACCUUCUUACCAUUUCUUCUUCUUCUUCUUCUUCUUGUCAUUGCACCUCCCUCUUAUCUACCUGCUUUUUUAAUCAUCGUCUUAGUCCUUACCAUUUCUUCUUCUUCUUCUUCUUCUUCUUCUUCUUCUUCUUCUUUUCUUACCAUUUUCUUCUUCUUCUUCUUCUUCUUCUUCUUCUUCUUCUUCUUCUUCUUCUUCUUCUUAUUUUUGCACCUCCCUUUUUUUAUUUUACCUUUUUUUAAUCACCGUCUUAGUUCUUCCAUUUCUUCUUCUUCUUCUUCUUGUCAUUGCACCUCCCCUCUUAUUUACCUGCUUUUUUUAAUCACCGUCUUAGUCCUUACCAUUUCUUCUUCUUCUUCUUCUUCUUCUUCUUCUUCUUCUUGUCAUUGCACCUCCCUUUUAUUUACCUGCUUUUUUAAUCACCGUCUUAGUUCUUACCAUUUCUUCUUCUUCUUCUUGUCAUUGCACCUCCCUCUUAUUUACCUGCUUUGUUAA